AUGGAAUUAAUCCGUUCAAAAUUUACCUACGAAUACGUUUCCAACUCGAUAGAACAAGGAGUGAUCGAAGAUAUCAAUGGAGUGUUUCCAGUCUCGGGUGGUUUAACGUUGCUUCACAUAGCAACUUUAAAUAAUGAUCAAAAAUUAGUGGACUAUCUGCUCUACGAAGGAGCUGAUAUAAAUUCAAAAAGUCGACGCUGGGGUACAGUUUUUAAUUUUGCUGUUAUAAUGAAUAACCCGACAACAAUCCAAAGUCUAAUAAACUUUGGAGCAGACGUUAGUGAUAUUAAUAAUCAAAUUAAGUUCUGUGAAUUAAGCCGUUUCAAGGAGGCAGUUCGUCGAUAUUUUACAGAAAUUCCUGAGUUUUUUUCAUCAUUCAAUGCCUGUCUGAAUACGAUAUCUUGUUCUAGUCAUUUAGCUGUUGCUACUCUACCAUUAAAUAUCGCUAUUAACGGAGGUUACGUAAAAAUGGUAGAGCUACUUUUGGAAAAUAAUGCUGAUCCGAAUCCUGAUUCUGAUACUUAUGGAUCACCACUAACCUUUGCUGUUAUUAAAGGAACUGUACCAAUUAUAAAACUUCUUCUGGACUACGGUUCAGAUGUUAAUUUUGUAAAGAGAGAUGGUGAAGAAAGUCUUCUACACAAGGUUGUCCGAAUGCUUAACUCGGAAGCAGUGAAAUUGUUUGUAAAUCAUGGUAUGACUGAUAUAAAUAAAGUGACAGAUUGUAAAGAAUCAGCACUUCAUUAUGGAAUUAAAUAUUCGGCUAGCGAUGAUAUCAUUAGGCAACUUCUUGAUGCUGGUAUUGAUUUUAAUUUAAAAAAUAGUCGUGGUAAAACAGCAUUUAAUAUUGAAAGACCAAAUUAUUCAAAAAAAGUUGACGAUGUAAUUACGGAACAUCUUGUAAAAUGUAUUGCGGCUAAUUUUUACGUCUGUGAAGAAAAUUUAGCAGUCGUAAAUAGUGAAGAAUUUGACAAAUUACGUGACCAGUGUAAAAGUGAAAUUGAACAAAUGAAAAUAACAUUUAUUGGUACAAAAGUUAUGUAA